AUGGGACUCCUGAGCAUCUUGAAAAAGUUGAAGCGUGAUGAAAAAGAGGCUAGGAUACUGGUAUUAGGCCUAGACAAUGCUGGUAAGACAACGAUACUGCGCAAGCUUAGUGAGGAAGAUAUCACUCAAGUGAUGCCUACACAGGGCUUCAAUAUAAAGAGUCUGGUCCGCGAUGGCUUCAAGCUGAAUGUAUGGGAUAUUGGUGGCCAGAAGACCAUCCGACCGUACUGGUCCAACUACUUUGAGGCCACCGAUGGGCUAGUGUUCGUGGUAGACUCAGCAGAUCGUAGACGAUUGGAGGAGAGCGGCAAGGAACUAAAUGAACUACUGCAAGAGGAUAAGCUGGGUAUAGCAUUUCAAGGUGGGGUCGGAUGGAACUUUUGUAUGUCAAGAGGGACAGCUCUAUUGGUAUUCGCCAACAAACAGGAUUUACUACAGGCAUUGCCUGCCAAUGAGAUAUCUGAUGCUUUACAUUUGGAUAACAUCAGAGAUAGGACUUGGACCAUACAAGCAUGCUCAGCCAAGUCGGGUGAAGGGGUCCAGGAUGGUAUGGAAUGGUUGGUCGGAGUUAUAUCCAGUAAACAGCAGCAUGGUGCGCAUCCAUCUUAUUGA